GGCGGUAGCGGAGGUGGCGGUGGCGCGGGAGGUUCGGAGCACCCGGGGCACGGAGUGUAUCAAGGGAGUGGUGUCUCCACUGCUAGGGUUAGGUUAGAGCGCCAUGGAGGACUACGAAGAGGAGCUGCACGGCGUGGAGGACGACUUCCACAGCCAGUUCGCGGCGGAGCUCGAGGUGCUGGCCGAGCUGGAAGGGAUGCCAUUCUUGCCGCCCUCGGGGGUCCCACCUCCUGUUGCAGCCGGGCCCAGGCCAACGUUUGAGGAGGCCAUCGCUGGAGGGGACGCCGCCACUUGUCCCUGGCCCCCUGCCUCUCGGGGCAGCAGCAGAUGCGGUGCCAGAAAGCGGCCAGAGGAGGCUACCUCCCCCAACAAGGAGCCCCUGCCCCACACUCCCAAAGUCAAGCGGCCCAAGCUGGAGGCUGUCAAGAGACUGAACUUUGGGCCAGAAAUGGAAGAUCUGCAGUUUCCUGAGUCCCCACCAAGGGACAUAACCCCCCCACUGAGUCCUGAGGUCCCCAAGGAGCUGUGGGGUUCUGGACCUCUGGAUGUUGCUGCAGAUGCAGGUCUCACACAGGCCUUACAUGGCACUCAGAAUCCUGUCUUGAGGCGGCCCCCUGUCUUAGAGGAUUACAUCAACGUGACCUCCACAGGUGGUGACCGGGCCUUUCUGGUGCUUCAUCCUGACUCCACAGGCACUGGAGUACAGAGCCCUCUCUUGGAUGUCCGAUGGCGACGCCCUGGCCGGCUAGACCUACUGGGUAUCUCCUUUGCUUCCCUGAAGGACCAGGUUGACAGUGAGCGACGGCAGCGGUUGGUACAGGAGGCCCAGCAGCUCUCAGACAUUCUGCAUAGCCUCAGGUCUGAAGAGGAAGAAGCCCAGGGCAUGAGGGACCCCAUGGAGGAGCCUGCUGAUGGCCAAGACACAUCCCAGCACUGCCUCUGGGUGGAUGAAUUUGCACCCCAACGCUACACAGAACUGCUCAGUGAUGAUUUCACCAACCGCUGCUUGCUCAAGUGGCUGAAGCUGUGGGACCUGGUGGUGUUUGGCCACGAGAGGCCUUCCCGGAAGCCCAGGCCCAAUGUAGAGCCAGCCCGGAUUGGCAAGGAGGCCACGGCCUCAGGGAAGUGGAAAAGCCAGGAGCAAGUGGUGGAAGAGAUGCUCGAGGCCGAGCUGGAUCCAAACGGGCGGCCCCGGCAGAAGGUGGCCCUGCUCUGUGGCCCCCCCGGGCUGGGAAAGACAACAUUGGCACACGUGAUUGCACGACACGCUGGGUACUGUGUGGUGGAGAUGAAUGCCAGUGAUGACCGUAGCCCCGAGGCUUUCCGCACACGCAUUGAGGCAGCCACGCAGAUGGAGUCAGUACUGGGUACCAGCGGGAAGCCCAACUGCUUGGUCAUUGAUGAGAUUGAUGGGGCCCCUACGGCUGCCAUCAAUGUCCUCCUGAGCAUCCUGAACCGCAAGGGUCCACAGGAGGCAGAGCCAGGUGGUCCAGCUGUGCCCUUAGGAGGGGGCAGACGGCGCCGGACAGAGGGUACCCUCCUGACCAGGCCCAUCAUAUGCAUCUGCAAUGACCAGUUUACACCUUCUCUGCGACAGCUAAAGCAGCAGGCUUUCCUGCUCCAUUUCCCACCGACUCUGCCCUCAAGGCUGGUGCAGCGGCUCCAGGAGAUCUCCCUGCAGCAGGGGAUGCAGUCUGACCCAGGUGCACUGGCAGCCCUUUGCGAGAAGGCAGACAAUGACAUUCGUGCCUGCAUUAACACCCUGCAGUUCCUGCAUAGGCGUGGCCAGUGGGAACUGAGUGUUCGAGAUGUGCAGGCCACCCAUGUUGGCUUCAAGGACCAGCGUAAAGGACUUUUCUUCGUGUGGCAGGAGGUCUUCCAGCUGCCCCGGGCUCAGAGGCGACUUGGAGGCCAGGACCCCAACCUGCUAGCCCACACACUGCUGCCUGGUAACAGGGAGAUGGGCUCCUUGACCCUGGCCUCCCAGAGCUUCUACCACAUCCUGCGAGUCACCACCUCUGCGGGCGAGCAUGAGAAAGUGGUCCAGGGCCUUUUUGACAACUUCUUGCGCCUACGGCUGCGGGACUCCAGCCUGGGAUCUGUGUGCAUGGCCCUCGACUGGCUGGCCUUUGAUGACCUGUUGGAGCAGGCUGCUCACCACGGCCAGAGCUUCCAGCUCCUGCACUACCUGUCCUUCCUGCCUGCAGCCUUCCAUGUGCUCUUUGCCUCCAGCCAUGUGCCUCGGAUUGCCUUCCCCAGCACCCAGCAAGAGGCCCAGAACAGGAUGAGCCAGAUAAGAAACCUGAUCCAAACACUCGUGUCAGGCAUUGCACCAGCCACCCGCAGCUGGGCCACACCCCAGGCCCUCAUCCUGGACACCCUCUGCCUGGUCCUGGACAUCCUUACACCUAAGCUGCGUCCCGUGAGCACACAGCUGUACAGUACCCGAGAGAAGCAGCAGCUGUCCAGCCUUGUGGGCACCAUGCUUGCCUACAGCCUUACCUAUCGCCAGGAGCGCACACCUGAUGGACAGUACCUCUACAGGCUGGAGCCGAAUGUGGAGGAGGUCUGCCACUUCCCUGAGCUGCCUGCCCGAAAGCCCCUCACCUACCAGGCCAAGCAGCUCAUCGCUCGGGAGAUUGAGGUGGAAAAGAUGCGUCGGGCAGAGGCUUUGGCCCAUGCUAGGGUUGGCCCUCAGGUGGACCAGGGUGCCCCAGGGCCUGAAGGUCUCUUUUCGGGUAGUAGAGAUAAAGAGGUGAGGCAACCUGCUCUGCGCAACCAUGAGCAGCGGCUGGAACAUAUCAUGAAGAAAGCAGCCCUGGAGGAGCAGCCUGAGAGGGACUUCUUCGGACGUGUGGUUGUCAGGAGAGCAGCAGCUCCAAGUACAGAGACCGAGGCCCCAGAGAAGGAUGCGGUAGAGUGGCACAUGGGCACAGCAGUGGGCAGGAGCGAGGUCUGGUUCCGCUUCAACGAGGGCGUCUCCAAUGCUGUGCGGCGGGGCGUGUACAUCAGGGACCUAUUGUAGCACGAGACGCACAGGGAAUGCACCAGGAGGACACUGACUGGAGAAGUCUUUAUAAAGUCACACCUUACA